AUGGAUCUAGUGGAGCUUUAUCAGCCUGACUUCCUGGAUAUGAUGCCCAUCAAUGUUCUUUACCCAGGCUUCAUCAAGGCUGAGCCCGAAAGCCCUGCCUCUCUGAUGCAUCACAGUCCCAGUGGCUCAUCAUCUGACAGCUACUGCUCUAUAAACAGGGGAGACCAAAUGACCGUGGCCUCACCAGACUCAUAUCAUGCCUCAGGGGCCGAGUUUAGGCAUGAAGCUGUUUCAGGGCAGCCGCAGAAGAGCGAGUAUGGAGGAACUGCAGGGCCCAAACGCAUGUGUUUGGUGUGCGGAGACGUCGCAUCCGGUUUCCACUAUGGUGUUGCAUCGUGCGAGGCCUGUAAAGCAUUCUUUAAACGCACCAUACAAGGAAGUAUUGAAUACACCUGUCCAGCAAGCAGUGAGUGUGAGAUCACCAAGAGGAGGAGGAAAUCCUGCCAGGCUUGUCGUUUCACCAAGUGUAUCUCAGUGGGCAUGCUGAGAGAGGGUGUGCGACUGGACAGGGUUCGAGGAGGUCGGCAGAAAUACAAACGAGUUACAGACCCAGAUGGAAACUCUUACUUAAACCAUCAGUUCCCCCUCGUGCACAAAAAAUCACGUUCAGACCUCUACAGUGGUGAGAACAAGCUGGUAUCCCACUUGUUGGGGGCAGAGCCAGAGAAAGUCUAUGCCAUGCCUGAUCCUGCACUCCCUGACGAUGACAUCAAAGCUCUGACCACGCUAUGCGACCUCGCCGACCGUGAGCUGGUGCUCAAUAUUGGCUGGGCCAAACAUCUUCCAGGUUUCUCCAGCCUCUCUUUACCUGAUCAAAUGCGUCUCCUGCAGAGCGCUUGGAUGGAGAUCCUCAUCUUGCGUGUGGUCUUCCGCUCGCUGGACGCUCAGGACUCACUGGUGUUUGCUGAGGACUAUGUGAUGGAUCUGGAUCAGGCGAAGCGGGCCGGUCUGCUCGAGCUCCACACUGCCAUCCUGCAGCUGGUCAGGAAGUACAGAGCCAUGCAACUUGAGAGAGAGGAGUUUGUCACUCUUAAAGCCAUCGCACUUGCUAACUCAGACUCUAUGCAUAUCGAGGACAUCGAGGCGGUCCAGAGGCUGCAGGACUGUGUGCAUGAGGCCCUGCAAGACUACGAGCGGCACCACCAUGAGGAUGACCCACGUAGGGCGGGCAAACUUAUCAUGACCCUGCCUCUCUUGCGACAGAUCUCAGCCAAGGCCGUGCAGCAUUUCUGCAGCAUUAAGCAGGACGGGCGUGUACCCAUGCACAAACUCUUUUUAGAACUGCUGGAAGCAACUGCCCAGCCCUCACCCUGA